AUGCCUGGGCGUUCAAGUUCAGGUUCCACUGGCCUCAUCUCCUUCAGCGGCGUGGAGUCGGCGCUCUCCACUUUAAAGAACUUCCAGGCCUGUAUCAGCUCGGGAAUGGACGCUGCUUCUGGGGUUGCCUUGGAUCUCGUGGAAACCCAGACUGAAGUAAACAGUGAAUAUAGUAUGGAAAAGGCAAUGGUUGAAUUUGCUAAAAUGGACCGAGAACUAAACCAUUACAUAAAGGCCGUUCAGUCUACAAUAAAUCACGUGAAAGAAGAACGUCCAGACAAUGUACCAGAUUUAAAAUUAUUAGUGGAGAAGAAAUUUACGGCGUUGCAGAAUAAGAAUUCUGAUGCAGACUUUCAAAAAAAUGAGAAAUACGUGCAAUUUAAACAGCAGCUGAAAGAACUGAGGAAGCAGUAUGGCCUGCAAACCAACGGAGAAGCUGAUGAUGGGAUAGAAAACAUUGACGAAGAUAUGAUCGUGACCCAGAGUCUGACCAACUUCACCUGCCCCAUCACUCAGCUGGAAAUGAAGAAGCCAGUGAAAAAUAAAGUGUGUGGCCACACCUACGAGGAAGAAGCCAUCGUCCGCAUGAUUGAGUCCAAGCACAGGCGGAAGAAGAAGGCCUGUUGUCCCACAAUCGGCUGCAGCCACGCAGACGUGAAAAUGACUGACCUGGUCCAGGACGAGGCGCUCCGAAGGGCCAUCGAGAACCACAAGAAGAAGAGAACGCGGUACACCGAGUAG